AUGGGUUUGGAUUAUUCGUAUACGCAGCCGUCUGAGUCGGAGGAUUACGGUUUAGGAGGUUCAACAGAUAGUGGAAACAGCUCUACAGAGAUGUAUAUCCAGCUGGACCAAGCUCAGAUCGAAGCCGCACGCCAUCAGUACCCUCCGCUGCCUGAAGUGGAGUUUGGCUUCCCCAAGGAGUGCUACUGUGGUGGCGAGCCACUUGUAGCCACUUCUUACACAAGAACUGACCCGAGGAGAAUGUUCUACACCUGCAAGAACAAACAGGACGGAGACUGCCAUGUCUACAAGUGGUGGGACGUCGCGGCUACAGAGGAGAUCAAAGCCAUUGGUGCACAAGUGACCCUCCUCACUGAUAAGGUAGAUUCUCUUUCAUUCGUCGGUUACGAGGAGACCGAGCUGCGGGAGUUAAAGGAAGUUCAAUUUGAUAUGGAGCAGAAAUUGGUUAGGUUGGAGAGCAUUGUCUGUGACUUAGGUAGAAAGAAAUCUAGAUUUGGUAAUGGGUUUGAACUAGUUGUAGGUGUUCUGGUUGUUGUGUUAGUGAUAAUAGCCAUCGGAGUAGCUGCUCGUAUGUAG